GCUGGGAACAGGAUGCUGUCAGGCCGAAUAGACGCAUCAGCCUAACGGAGAGAAACCGCAGCAGCAUCCUUUGUUUUCUGGAGCUCGAUAUCCAGCUGUGGCACCCGCUGACAACCUGCAGCACCUGGAGGAGGAGGGGGAGGGGUCCAGUUCUGACGGCCAAUAGCUAAAUCUUGAAGCACUGACGUACCCAAUAGGCUCAAUCAAGACCGCUGUCCAGCCAACAGGACACCUCCAACCUGAUCGCGUGGCGAGCUGAGGGAAGAGCUGAAGCCAUCGUGGAGAGGCAGCAGGGCUUUCCUUUCCCACUAUCCUCUGCUUUUUCUUUUGGCCCUGUGGAAGCACUCAUCCACACCACUGCACAGAAACACAUUCAUCACUCUUUUUUCUCCUUUCCAUUCUGUCACUGCACUCGUUCACUCUCUUUCUAUCCAUCUAUCUUGAUGAAGAGAUCAGUAGACGUCUCAGUGAACACCAGUAUAAUCAGUGGUUUCAGUAGUGGAGCUGCUGACAGAGAUCUUUCUACUAAGGCAAUGCAGUAGUAUAUUUAAAUCCAGUGCUUUUGCAGCCCCCCCAGCCCAGAGUCUGGCUCACAGGGUCCCACAGGUGAUGAGGAGGGCCAGGGGCUUCAUCUCUUUCUAGACUUUCUCCUCUCCACCUUGUGUCUUCAUGUUUUGGGGGUCCUCCGGUGCCCCCGCCCUCUGUCGACCCCCCCGCACCCGCUGCCACCACGGCCGGCCACCCCAGUCGCCUUGUUGCCAUGCCGACAGAGACUCUGGCUCCAGCCCUGCCAGAUAGCAAGGCCGCUGGCCCGGCUUCGGCCUUUGGCUCUGCCGUACCCCUCCGCAUCCUCAAUAAGGGCCCUGAAUACUUCAGGAGACAGGUGGAGCCUAACCCAAAGCGCCUCAGUGCUGUUGAGAGACUAGAAGCUGACAAGGCCAAGUAUGUCAAGAGCCAGGAGGUCAUCAACGCCAAGCAGGAGCCAAUCAAACCACCCAUUCUGGCAAAGCCUCCCGUCGGUCACGCCCUCCUGUCUAAGAGAGGCUCAGGGAUUGGUGGAGGAGGAAAUGGAGGCGGGAUACCAUUCAAAGCGUCCAAUAACAAUGCCAAGUCAGACACAUGUGCAACAAGCAGCGGCAGCAGCAAACGGGAGAAUUUAAAUCUGGAGAUCCUUAAAAACCUGCUGAACUCAUCGUCCUCUUCAGGAGCUGGGUCCGAGGGACUAGGAGGCGGGGCUAAGAGUGCUGUGUUGAUGAGGUCAUCAGGUGGAAUGCCCAGGAGUUGGACGCCAUCAGGGAUGCCGUUAACCUACCGAUCUACUAUGACGCUUAAUGAGCAGCCACCAGACUCAGCUCCCAGUCCAAGCACCUCACACUCCCUCAGAUCCUUCUCCCAUUCCCUGAAGGUCCCUCCCAUCAAUAGCGGGGGACGUCGCAGUCCACAACAGGGAGGAAACCUCAACCUGAGCAGACGAGGUGAAGGAGUUAUAGAUCGUUCUCGCUCACCAUUACCGCCUCUACUCACCUCCCACUCCUCCUCUGACCUCCUGCGACUGUGCAACGGCAAGCCGCUCCGCACGGCCCGAUCCAGCAGCUCCUCAGCUCCGCCCCUCCCUCCAAAACCCAACCCCGCCUCGCUUCCUCCUCCCGCACUUUCCUUGUCACUGCCUCCCCCUCGCCCGACUCCAUCCCCCUCGCUCUGUGAUAACACCACCCCUCAGUCGCUGCCUUGUGAUUUUGGAGAUCCUCCCAAUACUUCAGCCGAUGCCAACCUGGAGCUUGAGCUUGGUACAUCCGUAGCUCGCCGCUCUUCGCUACACAGAUCUAAAUCAGACCUGUCAGACCGGUAUGCCCGCGCUGGAGCGGACGUGGAACGCUUUUUUAACUACUGCGGGCUUGACCCCGAGGAGCUGGAGGCAGUCGGUCCAGAGAACUUUGCGCGGGCCAACUCGGACAUCGUCAGCCUGAACUUCCGAUCAGCUUCAAUGAUCUCCUCUGACUGCGACCGGUCGCGGAGAUCCUCCAAUGAUGGACUGUCAGAUGGGGACGAGGACGAGGAGGAGGAGGCUGGGGAGCGCGUUCCAUAUGGCAUCUCGGCUGUGGAGCGAAAUGCGAGAGUCAUUAAAUGGCUGUAUAGCAUCAAACAGGCAAGAGAGACGCAAAAAGUCUCACAUGUCUAGGACAGUACCUACAGUGGAUUGGAUAUACUGCAAACUAAAGACAAACUGCCCUGUGUUUCAGAAUCAAUAGAUGGACCUUUCUUACAGGUUUAGAGACUGUGAUCUUGGUCAAAAAGUAUAGAUGGAUGAGUGAAUAGAUGGAGGAGACAAACUUGGUGAGAAAACAGACAGCAAUCUGUUUAGAAAUUGAUGAAGAGAUGAGGACUCUAAUGCAUUUAGGUUUAGAACAACAAGAACAAUAAGAACAGCAAGAACUAAAACUUGGACAGUCAUAUGAACACAAUGUUCAGGCUGGAGAGACAAACCAACAUGGGACAUGUCUGAAUUCUGACUAGUUGAAUUGUUUAUCUACGGACACUAAAUAAUCCGAUUGUCAAAUUGCUUGAGCAACAAGAGCGAAAUGCACUGCGAUUGACCAAGGACCCAUAAAGUGACCACCUCCCUACAAAGGGUUAAAGGCCUUUCUCAGAGAGUACAUCUUGAUUUAUCAAAGAAUUGGAAGGGAGAUUAUCUUCCUACAUAGCUCGCUAACUAUCAGUUCAAUCCACACUGGCUCCAACCUCUGUUCUGCAGUCUCUGUCCUCAGUGCUGCCCCCAAAGGGCGAUGCGGGGGCACGGCCACUCUGAUGGCCAUGGUUUGACAAAAAUAAAAUCUCUAUUUUCCCAGUAUGAAAGUACCUGCAUCUUCUGCAUUACCAGGCCCAUGAUUCAUGUGCACUAGAGACUUAUGCCGGUUGAGCACGACCAAGUGUGCCUGAGCGGGUAACUUCUGCCUGCAGAGCAACUGAUUUCUUGAUUAGCUCUUUGCUAGCUUGAAAAGAAUUGGAUCUUGCAGCUCUUUAAGACUUUCUAAAUGUUAUCGGACUGAGUGACUUAAAUCUUGUGAAAUUUGUCAUUUCACAGGGAUUUUGACGCUCACAAAAAAUGUAUCCGCUGAUUUUUAGACAUCUCUUUCCCAGUCUAAGUCAGUGGAAAAAAGUCUUUCUGGGUUUGUGGGCAUCACAUGACUGACCCAGAUGGUGUCAUUCCACUUUUAACCACUUUUAAAAUUUGCUUCAAAGCCUGGCACACUUCCUGGAGGCACGAUUCACACUGUGUCCAGCACGGCACAGAGCACCCAGGCCGGUUAAUCAUCUGCAUCUUUUCAUGCAAGCAGAUCUGGCAGAAAACACACUGAAAAUAAAUUGUAAACUAAAGUGUGAAUUAAAUUUGGUAAACACGGUCUGCUUCUGAUAUAUGACAAAAUAUGCGUCCAUAUGUUUGUCUGUUGUGUCUAAACAAAGAGGGAGAGAGACGAGCAGACACACAAAGAUGGACACACAAGCAGGCAGAGACACAGCUCUCCAUGUGAUUAAAACAUAGCAGAGGAGCUCGAUCGCUGGUUGAACGACGCAGAGAAAUGCAUUUCUGGUGUAAAGGGCCAGGUGACCACUGACAGGUGGCUG